UCUAAUUUACUGUUUUCCUUUAUCGUGAUUGACAUGAAGUUACUUUAUACUGAUUGAUCUCUAAAGUCAUUCCCUUCUAAAGAGGGAAAAAUGAAGGUAAGUUCCACCAUGCGAAGAGUAAUCAGUUAACAAGAAUAGAAAUGAUGAAAAUUAGCAGCUUAUAGCAUGUAAAAGUCCUUGAAGUUCGGAAAAAUCCAGAUUAGUUAAUGUAGAAGAGCAAAAUCUGUUGUGACCAUGAAAUCAUCUUGGAUGCGGAAGGAGAUUGCACACACUAUUUAAAUAAUCUCAUCAAUGCUCCACCAAAAUGGUUGGCAUCAUGGAUCAAGAAGGAUUUCAAUGAAUCUUAUCUGCCUCUUGGCUAAUUUCUUGUUCACGUGCAUCAACCUAAUUCAUUUCCUGCAUAGAGUGAGCGCUAUGGUCAUGGAGCAAAAGAUUGCUGAGCUAUCUAGCCAGCUACAGGCCUCGGAGGAAAGGGAGAGGCGAAGGGACAUGCAAUUUGACGGUAUGAGGGCCCAAUUAGACAAAUUACUUGCUUCGAGGGGGAUUCCCUCGUGUCCUGAUGAUGCUCGUAACCCCUAUACUCAAUCUAGUGGUGCUGAUGAUGAAGGGACUCACGUGUCAAACACACAAAGACAUGUUUGAAUGUUAAUGUUGUGGUGGAUUUGUGGAUUGUGUAAGUGUUUUGUGGAUGUUUGCGAGGGGUGAAGUAGUCUAAUGUUGUAGACUAACUUAGUGUAGACUAGUUUAAUGUUUUGUGGAUGUUUAUAAAGGUUUAAGUAGUUUAAUGUUGUGUUGAUGUUUGCGAAGGUUGCAGUAGCUUGAUGUCUCUUGUGAAUGUUUGAAUGACGUUUUCAUUCAACUUUGAAGUAGUUUCGAAUUGAAUUUGAUGUAUUGGUGGUUUUUAAUAUAUGUGUUGUA